AUGUUAAGGACUGCCACCAGACUGAAAUACUCAGCUGGCAGACCGUCUAUUGGUUUGGCAUUAUUUGGAUGUAAAAAUCGUCCUGCAUAUCGGAUCGUUGUAUUCCCAGACAAAGCAUACGGACGUCAUUACGAAGGAAGUAUCAUCGAAGAGCUUGGCGUUUUCGAUCCGCUGCCCAAUUUUCGGAACGAGAAAUUAGUUGCAUGUGAUAUUACUCGUGUGAAAUAUUGGAUUGGAGAACGCAACGCACAUAUAUCGCCAUCUCUUUUAGAACUUUUAGGACUUUGGGGUGUAUUACCAAUACAUCCAAAGACAUUCAUCCGUGCGCGAUAUCAUCUCGAAGAACUGGAAGAAGCCAAGUUAAAAGUUCAUUCUUCAACAUCUCAAUCAGGAUCACCAGAAGUAGAAUCGAAGAAAGAAACUGAAAAAAAAAGAAAAUCAUCUUUGUAA